GCUAUAACGGUGUUACCAUAUUUAACAUAAGAAAAUAUAAAAAAUAGAGAAAAUUUGUUUAUUAAAAAUUGGUUCGGUUUUCGGUUGGUCGGUCGUCUUUUGUAUUUAUCCACUGACAAAACUUACUUUAAUAAUUGGCCGGCUAUUUCCUACUGGGUUUCUAAUUUAUUAGCGCCUUUUGCUGAGUUGGCUUUAGUGUUAGUGGAAUUUUUUAUUUUAUUUUUUUAUGCAUAGUAAAUAUUUGGGAAUUGUAGAGCUCUUCCGCUGAGCCGGCUUUAGUUUGAGAAUCGUGAAAUCAGUUGGUAUUCGUCUGUUGUACUGGAAUGUACCUACAUUUUUUUGCAUCGCAUGUAGUUUUCCAACCGUGAAAAUCAACGAAAGUUAGGACUGUGAAUCGAAGUUUUCGGAACGAAUACUCAGUUCUUCAUUGUCGAGUCAGAGGUGAGGAAGUCAUCAUAUCAGCAAGUGUUCAGCUAGUACCUGCUCCUUAUUAGAAAUUUAGAAAAUUUUACUGAGCUGAGCAUAGUGAAAGUAGUAAAUAGAAAAUAAUAAAAGAAAAGAUGGCUUCCUCUGCACCAUCAGCGUCAGCACCCCCACCACCACCACCACCACCACCACCACCCCCAUCAAGUGCCACUACAGCUGGCAAAGGACUUCCUAAUAAAAUUUACAAUGCUCUAGUUGGCUCAGUGGACAAACAUGUGCCUGAAAAGCUGCGUCCACUGUGGCAGCAUCCAGCGGGACCCAAGACGGUUUUCUUCUGGGCACCACUUUUUAAAUGGACCCUAGUCAUUGCUGGCCUUAGUGACUUGGCGCGUCCAGCCGAAAGUCUCUCGGUACCACAAUGUGCAGCACUCGCGGCGACCGGUAUUAUUUGGUCGCGUUACUCGCUAGUCAUCAUUCCCAAAAACUACAGUCUCUUCUCAGUGAAUCUGUUUGUGGGCUUGACACAGGUCAUUCAACUGACACGCGCCUACUUGCACCAACAGGAACAGAACAAAUUGGCAGCUGAGAAGAAAAAGGAAUUAUAAAUGUGUAGCUCGAGUCGCAUGAUACAUAUGUAAAUAAUAAUCAAGUAUCUAUACAACCAUAUGUACAUAUGUACAUAAAUUGUGAAUAACAAUCAGUCACAAGUCUACUAUUAUAAUAAGUGAUACAUUUUCGACAUGGAUUCUUAAUGCGCAGCCAGUCAAAAAUUCCGCAAUUACCUAACAUGAAUGAUAGAUAUACAAAUGGCACACAAGCCACGAAGGUAGCAAUAAAAACAAAAUUGAUAAAAAUGCUACUUAAGUUCACUAUCAAAUAUUGUACUAUAUGUAUCGGCAAUUACGGCUAAAAGCAUACGUGUACGUGUAAUUAACGCAAAUAACGUAACACUCGAUCGAUAUACAUAUGUACAUGUAGGAGGUACAAACUUUCAUAAUAAGUAUGUAUGUACGUAUGUUUAUGCAUCAAAUAUCCCACUGUAGAGAAACAUUUGCCAGUAAUUGGUGCUCGAUAUGUCGAAAAUUCACUAAUUAUACACAACUACGAAGAAAUGGUGAUAUUAUUAAGUAGAUAGUAAAUUACAUAAAAAAUACAAAAAAGUAAAUGAUUUUUAACUACAUUAAAGCUGAAUUAAUUUUGAAUUUAAAAUGUCUCUUAGCGAACAAUAAUAAAUAAACGAAGAUCGAAAAAUAAGAUGAAGAUGAAAAAAAAAAAAUAAGUUUUAAGCGCACAAAUUAUGUAAACAGAAGCUAGAUAAAGCAUG